AUGCUCGCCAGGAACCUCCUCCGCUCGGCACACCGUGCACCCGCGGCGUUCCGCACCCGUUCGCUCGCCACCGCCGUCGCGUCCCCGGCCACCCAGAUCUCGACCCUGCCCAACGGCCUCACGGUCGCGACCGAGGCCUCGUCGGCCUCGUCGACGGCCACCGUCGGCGUGUGGAUCGACGCCGGCUCGCGCGCCGAGACCGACAAGACGUCGGGCACGGCCCACUUCCUCGAGCACAUGGCGUUCAAGGGCACGGGCAAGCGCUCGCAGCACCAGCUCGAGCUCGAGGUCGAGAACCUCGGCGCCCACCUCAACGCCUACACCUCGCGCGAGCAGACCGUCUACUACGCCAAGUCGUUCGCGUCCGACGUGCCCAAGAGCGUCGAGAUCAUCUCGGACAUCCUCACGGGCUCCAAGCUCGAGGCGGGCGCCAUCGAGCGCGAGCGCGACGUCAUCCUCCGCGAGCAGCAGGAGGUCGACAAGCAGGUCGAGGAGGUCGUGUUCGACCACCUGCACGCCGUCGCGUUCCAGCACCAGCCCCUCGGCCGCACCAUCCUCGGCCCCAAGGACAACAUCCUCUCGAUCCAGCGCGACGACCUCGUCAACUACAUCAAGACCAACUACACGGCCGACCGCAUGGUCCUCGUCGGCACCGGUGGCGUCGAGCACCAGUCGCUCGUCGACCUCGCGACCAAGCACUUUGGCCAGCUCCCGACCUCGAGCCAGCCCAUCAAGCUCGGCGACGCACAGCACAAGACCAAGCCCGACUUUGUCGGCGCCGAGGUCCGCGUCCGCGACGACACGAUGCCGACCUGCAACAUCGCCAUCGCCGUCGAGGGCGUCGGCUGGAACUCGCCCGACUACUACCCGAUGCUCGUCAUGCAGUCGAUCAUGGGCAACUGGGACCGGUCCCUCGGCGCCCAGUCGCUCCUGUCGAGCCGCCUGUCGCACAUCAUCUCGUCCAACAACCUCGCCAACUCGUUCAUGUCGUUCUCGACGUCGUACUCGGACACGGGCCUCUGGGGCAUCUACCUCGUGUCCGAGAACGUCAUGAACCUCGACGACCUGACCCACUUUACCUUCAAGGAGUGGGCCAGGUUGUCGACUCACCCGACCGAGGGCGAGGUCUCGCGCGCCAAGGCCCAGCUCAAGGCGUCGCUCCUUCUCGGCCUCGACGGCUCGACCGCCGUCGCCGAGGACAUUGGUCGCCAGAUCGUCACGGGCGGCCGCCGCCUCGCGCCCAAGGAGAUCGAGGCCGCCGUCGACGCCGUCUCGGUUGGGGACGUGCAGCGCUGCGCCAAGAAGUACCUGUGGGACAAGGACAUCGCGGUUGCGGCGGUCGGUCGCACCGAGGGCUUGAUGGACUACAGCCGCAUGCGGUCUGGCAUGACGUCGCUGCUGUGGUAA